CCGCGGGGCGUGCGGUACCACGUGUGCGCCGACCCGCCCGGGGCCAAGAUCGGAAAUGGUGGAUCAACUCUUCAUGUUCUUAAGUGCUUGGAAGAUCUGUAUGGUGAUCAGUGGACUUCUUUCACUGUGCUGCUAAUUCAUUCUGGGGGUUACAGCCAGCGUUUGCCCAGUGCAAGUGCCCUUGGGAAGAUCUUCAUGGCCCUGCCGCUGGGUGAUCCUGCAUUCCAGAUGCUGGAGCUGAAGCUGGCCAUGUACAUCGACUUCCCCCGGCACAUGAAACCAGGGAUCCUCGUCACGUGUUCGGAUGAUAUAGAGCUGUACAGCACUGGAGUCGCGGAGCCCAUUGUGUUUGACAAACCUGGGUUCACUGCGCUGGCUCACCCCUCAGACCUGGUGGUUGGGACCACGCAUGGGGUGUUUGUGCUGGAUCCAACCAGUUUCUCAGGGAAAGGAGGGCUGGAAUAUGCCUCUUGCCAUCAUUUCCUGCACAAGCCUGACGUGGAGACAAUGCGGCAGCACGGCGCGGUGUGUGUGAGGGGGGAUCACCCUCAGCUCAGCUCCUCCGGGGACCAUAGCAACUCGGCAGCGGCCUCAGAGUGUGUGUACACAGACAGCGUGUUCUACAUGGACCACAGCACUGCAAAGCAGUUGCUGAUGUUCUAUAAGCAGAUGGGCACUCUUCGCUGUGAGAUAGAUGCAUAUGGUGACUUCCUGCAGGCCCUGGGACCCGGAGCCACUCCAGAUCAUACCAAAUACACGAGUAACAUCAGCAGGGAGGACUCUGGGCUGGUAGCAGUGCGGCAGAAGCUGUACUCCCUCCUGCAAGGAACCGCCCUCAAUGUCAUAGUCCUCAACAACUCCCAGUUCUACCACAUUGGGACUACUCAGGAGUAUUUGUUUCACUUUACUGCUGAGAGCAAACUGAGAUUUGAGCUUGACUUGCUGCCUGUGGCUUUUAGCAUCUUUCCUGACACAGCCAAGACCUUGGGUUGGUCGAGCAUCAUCCAGAGCAUCCUCAAGCCUGGAUGUGUGAUAGGGCCUGGGUCUGUCAUUGAGUACUCCAGGAUUGGGCCUGAGGUCUUGGUAGGGAAGAACAGCAUUGUCAGUGGGUCCUGCAUAGAUUUCAGUGUGGACAUACCCUCAAACUGCUUCCUGAGUUCAGUGAGUGUGAAAAUUAACAACCAAGUGAAGUAUGUCACCAUGGUGUUCAGUGUAAGAGAUGACUUGAAAAAGAGUGUGAAGUUGCUGUCAGAUAUAGGCUCCCUCCAGUUUUUUGGAGCCAGCUUACCAGAAUGCCUGGACCUGUGGAGGGUAGAGGCCUCAGACCAGCUCUUCUCCAGUGAGAACACAGGUCUGGGGCUGUGGACUGCCAGGAUUUUCCCUGUUUGUUCAACUUUAAGUGAAUCGGUUAGGAUAUCGCUGAAGAUGCUGAAUUCUGUGCAGCACAUGUCAGCAUUCAGACUGAGUGGCUUUCAACUCUUGUCUGUUGAAGAGAUGCUCACCUACAAAGAUGUGGAAGACAUGCUGAAGUUUAGGAAGCAAAUUUAUGAUGAAAUCUGUCUACAAAGACAAAAAGAGAAGUUGUAG